AUGGAAACUAUUGAGCACCUGUUCAAAGACUGUCCUAUUUCUAUUGCUACCUGGAAUAGCAUUGGCGUUGAUAUUGGGGAUUUUGGCUCUCUCGACUUUGAUGAUUGGAUUUUGCUUAAUUUGAAGAGUAACAGGAAGCCAACCCAAAGACAAAUUAUCUUCCAGUAUGCUAACGAGUGGUAUUUUGCCAACAAACCAAUUACAGGAUCCUCUAAUCAAACUUUGACACAUCUAUCUUGGCAUAGUCCCAGUCCUGGAGUUUAUAAGAUUAACUCAAAUGGUAGUCGGAAUAACACUACGGGUCAUAUUGGGGCUGCAUGUGUGUUAAGAUAUGCAACUGAUGCUUGGCUUAAGGGCUAUUCUUUGAACUUGGGAAUUGGCUUUGUCCUAAAGGCUGAACUGUGA